CACACAUCCGUUUCUCUUUAGGGGCGGGUUCCCGGAUAUUGCCUCCUUUUCCCUUCUCCGAAGAUGGCGGACGAGAAAAAAGCGAAGAGGGUUCGGAAAUGCCAUACCAGCCGCAACCCCGUGCUGGCCCGGGGGAUUGGGCGGUAUUCCCGAUCGGCCAUGUACGCCAGAAAGGCCAUGUACAAGCGCAAGUACAAGGCUCCGGAAACAAAGAUAGAAAAGAAAAAGCGAGAGAAGGAUCCAGCCACAACCAGGAAACCUGUUGGCGGGGAUAAGAAUGGAGGCAACAGGCUGGUCAAACUUCGCAAAAUGCCCAGAUACUACCCAACGGAAGAUGUUCCACGUAAACUCCUGAGUCACGGCAAAAAGAAUUUCGCCCUGCAUAAGAGGAAGCUGCGGGCCUCCAUUACCCCGGGAACAAUCCUGAUCCUUCUCACCGGCCGCCACCGAGGCAAGCGCGUGGUCUUCCUGAAGCAGCUAGGGAGCGGACUGUUGCUGGUGACUGGGCCCUUGGUCAUCAACCGCGUACCUCUGCGCAGGGCUCACCAGAAGUUCGUCAUCGCCACCACAACCAAGAUCGACAUCUCUGGCGUAAAAAUUCCCAAGCACCUCAGCGAUCUUUACUUCAAAAAGAAGCGGCUGCGCAAACCCAAACACCAGGAGGGUGAAAUCUUUGACACUGAGAAAGAGAAAUACGAGGUGACGGAGCGACGCAAGGCUGACCAGAAGGCUGUGGACUCUCAGGUUCUCCCCAUCGUCAAGAAGACGACUCAGCUGCGCGGCUACCUGCGGUCAACCUUUUCACUCUCCAACGGUGUCUAUCCUCACAAAUUGGUCUUCUAAAUAAGCAUGGAGACAUCACAGUAAAGCUUGGGCAAAGCC